UUCAACUUAAAAUUUUGUUAUAUUGUUGUAGAGAUGUCUGGUCGUGGCAAGGGAGGUAAAGGACUCGGGAAAGGAGGCGCUAAGCGUCAUCGCAAAGUGCUCCGUGAUAACAUCCAGGGCAUCACCAAGCCUGCUAUCCGCCGCCUGGCUCGCCGCGGAGGAGUGAAGCGAAUCUCCGGGCUGAUCUAUGAGGAGACCCGCGGGGUGCUGAAGGUGUUCCUGGAGAAUGUGAUCCGGGAUGCCGUCACCUACACUGAGCACGCCAAGAGAAAGACCGUCACCGCUAUGGAUGUGGUGUACGCGCUGAAGCGCCAGGGGCGCACUCUCUACGGGUUCGGGGAACCGAAAGCUGCACCCGCGCCGAAGAAAGGCUCCAAGAAGGCUGUUGCUAAGAACCAGCCUAAGGGAGGAAAGAAGCGCAGAAAGAGCAGGAAGGAGAGCUACGCGAUCUACGUGUACAAAGUGCUGAAGCAGGUCCACCCCGACACCGGCAUCUCCUCCAAAGCGAUGGGCAUCAUGAACUCGUUCGUCAACGACGUUUUCGAGCGCAUUGCCGGCGAGUCGUCCCGCCUGGCUCACUACAACAAGCGCUCCACCAUCACUUCCCGGGAGAUCCAGACAGCCGUGCGCCUCCUGCUGCCCGGAGAGCUGGCCAAGCACGCCGUGUCUGAGGGCACCAAGGCCGUCACCAAGUACACCAGCUCCAAAGAAAUCGCUCAGGAUUUCAAGACUGACCUCCGCUUCCAGAGCUCCGCUGUGAUGGCGCUGCAAGAGGCUAGCGAGGCUUACCUGGUCGGGCUCUUUGAGGACACCAACUUGUGUGCCAUUCACGCCAAGAGAGUCACCAUCAUGCCCAAAGACAUCCAGCUGGCUCGCCGCAUCCGAGCCGCCUUCUUCGCUGCGGGUUUGGCUGCCUUGGGCACCCUUUUAGGUUUAGGCGCUGCCUUCGCUUUCUUCGGGCUCUUUUUUACGGCCUUUUUAGGCUUGGCAACCGCUUUCUUCGGACUCUUGGGUGCCUUCUUUACAGCUUUCGGUUUCUUCGCUUUCCCGCCGGCCUGCAGGAUCUUCUUGAGCGCCGCCACGGACAGCCCGCUGCGCUCCUUGGAGGCAGACACAGCCUUGACGAUCAGCUCCGACACGCUAGGUCCCGAUUUCUUGGGCUUCGUCGCGGUCUUCUUCUUAGGCGCUUUAAACAUCGGAGUGCGUUUCAGUUAUUGUGUUGUUUAUAUAAUACAAAUUUGUGAAAUGUCUGGACGAGGCAAAGGUGGUAAAGGACUGGGGAAAGGAGGCGCUAAGCGUCACCGCAAAGUGCUCCGUGAUAAUAUCCAGGGUAUCACCAAGCCUGCCAUCCGCCGCCUGGCUCGCCGCGGAGGAGUGAAGCGAAUCUCCGGCCUGAUCUAUGAAGAGACCCGCGGGGUGCUGAAGGUGUUCCUGGAGAAUGUGAUCCGGGAUGCCGUCACCUACACUGAGCACGCCAAGAGAAAGACCGUCACCGCUAUGGAUGUGGUGUACGCGCUGAAGCGCCAGGGGCGCACUCUCUACGGGUUCGGGGGCUAGAGAUUUGGACGCGAAACACGAACACAAAGGCUCUUUUAAGAGCCGCCCACCGUUUCAUUUAAGGAGCUUUGAAUUAUAAAUCAAACUGCACUUAAAGCAGCGAAAUGUUUAAAAUGGAA